AGAUAUGACAAAAAUUAACACCGGACUUUUAUUCGUACCGUAUUUUUCUUUAAGAGAAUAUUUUCAGAAACGCCUCAUAAGCAUACAAACAUAUCACCAUACUACGCACGAGUGGACGAUAUAAACGUGUAUUUGCUUUCAGGUUAAUUUGCGCGGUAUUACGUUCAAAACAACAUGCAUCUUUUGGCUAUCGUUGGCUUAGUAUGCGUGAUUUAUUACCUCAUCUAUUUCAUAUGCCCCUGGUUUCUGGAUUGCGAUUUAAAUCUUGCUCUUCAUGAGAAAUUUGGAAAACCAAUAAGCUCCUUAAAAGGAAAGGUAGUGUGGAUAACGGGAGCAUCGAGUGGAAUCGGAGAACAUCUUGCAUAUGUUUUAGCGGAUGCAGGAUGCAAAUUGAUUCUGUCUGCGCGAAGAAGAGAAAAAUUAGAGGAAGUAAAAGCCAAAUGCCUUCAAAAAAACACAAGUUUAACCGGUUCGGAUAUCGAAGUACUUGUUUUAGAUGUUUGUGACAUUGAUAAUCACGAAACAGCAUUUAAACAUGUUAUCAGCAAAUUUGGCAAGUUAGACAUACUUGUAAAUAACGCGGGUCGUUCUCAACGAGCACGAUGGGAGGAAAUUGAGUUGUCCGUCGAUAAGGAAAUGUUCGACUUAAACGUGUUCUCGCAAGUGGCCUUAAGCAGAUUGGUGGCAAAAUACUUCUUCCAAGUGGGCGCUGGUCACUUCGUGCUCACUUCGAGUUUCGCGGGCCUUGCAGCAACACCAUUUUCUGCUACUUAUUGCGGAACUAAACAUGCGUUACACGGAUAUUUUGGUUCUUUCGUAAUCGAAAAGAUCAAUCAGAAUAUAGCGGUCACAGUCGCAUGUCCAGGACCGAUACAAACUAAUUUCUUGUCAGAAUCAUAUACAGAGAAAUCUGGAGAAACGUACGGCGAAAAGGUGAAAGAAAAUUCUGAUAAUAAAGUCAGCGCCGAACGUUGCGCAACGUUAAUGGGGAUUGCAAUAGCAAACAAACUUAUCGAAGUAUGGAUUUCCAAACCAAUGGUGCUUCAAGUGUUGUACCUAAUAAAGUAUUAUCCAAACGUAGGAAGAUGGAUAUUAACGAUAUUGGGACCAAGAUUUUUACAACGUUUGAGAGACGAUAAAAAAACGCUCAAGCAAGAACAAUGAAUACUUAACAUUUAUUUUGUAGCGUACAAUUUUUUGUACUCUAUUAUAUCUUCUUUCGAUUUUAAUUUUAAAAAACUCGCUUGAUUGCUUAUUUUUGAUAAAUCUGUCAGAGUACAGCGAUAAAAUAAA